AUGCUGUCAUUGUGCGAGCUUCCUAUUGACAUUCUCACCGAACAACUAUUGCCUCUCUUGCACAUUGGUGACCUGGCUACAUUGGCAGCAACAUGCCGACAUUUGAAAAUGCUUUGCAAUGAGGACCGGUUGUGGCGAUAUCGGGCAGCUGCCGACUUUUCUUUGGAUACGUCAAGACUUGAGCCUUGUCAAGGAUGGAAACAGACAUACAAGAAGAUGGUGGAUAACAGCAUGGUUUAUGUAUGGGGCGAGAAUUAUGAUAAAAGACUUGGUAUCCAUGACGACGCUAUGGAGCAGUCUCUGGAUAAAGUGGUGAUACCUAUCAAGAUGACAAAGUUGGUUGGAAAGGGCAUUGCACAAGUUGUGACAGGUGGAUGGUCAUUUCAUGCAUUGGAUUACCGGGGGCGUGUAUGGAUGUGGGGAAUGAUGCAACCAAGGAAUCCAUUGACUGGUCAUGGUGAAGAAACUACAUUUGGUGUCGUGCACUUGCCAUCCAAUAUCCGAAUCAUAUCACUUGCCAGUGGUCGUUCACACGCCAUUGCACUUGAUGAAGGCGGCAGAGUUUGGCAUUGGUCCAAUCGUUGGCAACCCAUGUUGGUGAAGAGUCCUGCUGGUUCUGCAACCAUGAUCCAAAUCACAGCUUGCGCAUUUUAUUCGGCUGCCUUAUCCACAACGGGUGACCUUUAUACCAUCAGCUAUCCUAUCAUCAAUUCAACUCCAAGCGUGAACCACGUAUCAAUGCCAUUGCUACUGCACUCAUGCGAUCGCAUUAUCCAGAUCGCAGGUAUGGAUUCAGCGAUACUUGUCCUUACAGCUCAUGGUCGGCUAUUUCGAGUUUCUACACCAUGCAACAACCCCCACAUCCAAGAAUUGCUUGGCUUUUCCACCCUCUUGAAUGGCAGCAAUCGGUUAUCUAUCAAUGCCCAUCAACAUUGGUUUGCUAUUGUCGACCACACUGAAAGCAAGAUGAUACUGGGGAAUCAAAAAGAUGAACAUCCAUUACAGCAAUUCAACCUAGACACGUUAGUGAACAGGAUAAUGUUGGGCAAGAAUCACAUGGGCGUACUCACGGUGGAUGGAACUUUGCUGACAGGGAGCUUUCUUCAAGAUGCAACAAAAGACCCAUUGCUAGGCCGUCGCCAUCAUCAUCGUGACCCAUCUCUUACUCUUGCUGAAGCAUACGAUGCAAUGGAUUUCGAUACUCCUGUGCAUGUAUACGCUGCAGGAUUUGGAGGAGAGCAUUCAGCGUGUUUGGCUUUACCCCGCGAAAUUUUCUAG